AUGACGCUUUUCGACGAAGAGAUCGCGCGCCUCGACGUCGAGCGCGCCGAUCUCGCCGCGCGCGCUGCCCGAGAGACCGACGACGGUCGUCGCGCGUACGUCGACGCGAUCGUCGCGCGCGUCGAGCGCGCGCGCGCGACGCUCGCCGCCGCCGCCGCCGCAGAUUCGGGUGUCGAAAAACCGACGACGACGGGACGCGACGUCGCGCGCGUGCACGCGCGCGAUCUCACGCCGCGACGUUUUCGACUCGAAUACGUCGCCACGGAUACCCCGGUCGUGAUCGAGGGGCUCGGGAGCGCGCUGACGGAGGACGGCGCGGACGGCGAGACGUGCGCGUGGUUGACGCGGCGCGCCGGGAAUAAAAAAGUCGCCGUCACGAGGAAGGAUGGUCACCGACGCGCGACGCUGUCGUGCGAGGUGACGGACGUUUUGGAUUUAAAGGACUUUUUCGCGGAAGUCGUGGACGAUCGAGGGGCGGGGAGUUACUUGUACGACACGUCGAUUCCGCUCAAGCUGCCGUCGUUGUCGGAGAGCGUGCGCGUACCGGCGUACGUGGCACACGAUUACAUGCAGCGCACGAUGCGAUUGACGGCAUUUUCACGGUCGUGGCCGAGCUUGUUUGUCGCCGCGAAGAACACGCGAUCGUCCCUGCACGUCGAUCAGUGGCAGGGGCACUUUUUCAUGGCCGUGGUGCGCGGCACGAAGCGAUGGACCGUCUUCUCGCGCGAAUCGCUCGCGUUUUUACGGCCGAGCUGGUCGCGCGGCACGCUCGAUCCCGCGAUGCCACCGUUGGAGGAACAAGAAGAGAUGGGAAUGUUACCGCUCCCGCGUGAAUUCGGCGCGCGCCGAUGGGACGUCGAUCUUGGCCCGGGCGAGGUGCUUUUCGUGCCGGGCGGCUCGCCGCACGCCGUUCGAAACCUCGAUUGCACGGUGGCGUUCGCGGGAAACUUCGUCGACGACGUCAAUCUGGACCGCGUGUUGGAAGAUUUAAAGCUCAUGGCCGCCAAAGAUCCCGCGUUGAUGGAGAGCUACCGAGCGCUCGACGAGGUGGAUUUCGACGACGAAGGCGCCGCGCUCGCGGCGGGCGACGACGACGUCCACGCGGGCGCGUUCGACGCGAACGCGCGCGUCGUGCGAGUCGCCGAUUAUCUCGCGGGGGGGCGACUCGUGUGA